GCUAGUUGGUGAUCUGAACCAUCUCAUCUUGGCUACAAUGAGUGGUGUUACAUGCUGUCUUUGUUUCCCUGGUCAACUCAACUCCGACCAUAGGAAGCUCGCUGUGAACCUGAUCCCUUUCCCAAGGCUCCACUUCUUCAUGGUGGGUUUUGUUCUGUUGACAUCGAGAGGAUCACAGCAAUACAGUGCCUUCAGUGUCCCUGAGCUGACCCAGCAGAUGUGGGAUGCGAAGAACAUGAUGUGCGCUGCUGACCCUCGUCACGGACGAUACUUAACUGCAUCCACUGUGUUCCGUGGAAAGCUGAGCACUAAGGAGGUUGAUGAGCAGAUGAUGAACAUCCAGAACAAGAACUCAUCCUACUUUGUGGAAUGGAUCCCGAACAACGUCAAGUCCAGCGUCUGUGACAUUGCAACAUUAACUCUUAUAAUAUUUUUAUAAACUCUUAUAUACAGAUUUAUAAGCCUCUAUAAAAUUUUAUAAGACUUCAUAACAUAAUUACCUUUUGAAAUUCUACAAAUCCUCAUAAAUGAUUUUAUAAACCCUUAUAAAUAAUUUUAAACAUUCUUAUAAAUGAUUUAUAGACCCUUAUAAAAAGUUUCUAUAUAUUCAUAUAAAUGAUUUUUAAGACCUUAUAAAUGAAAUUACCUUUUUAAAUAUUUAUAAAUGAUUUUAUAAAACCUUAUAAAUAUUUGGUAUAUUCUUAUAAGUGAUUUUAUAAAGGUUUAUAAAUCAUUUAUAGGAAUAUAUAUAAACUAUUGAUAAAGGUUUAUAAAUGAUUUCUAAAUUUUCAUAAAUGAUUUAUAAACAUUUAUAAAUUAUUUAUUAUCUUUAUAAAGCCUUAUAAGGAUUUUAUUAUGAUGAUAUAAUUUGAUAUGGUUUCUCUGCCUUUUCUUUAUAAAACAAUUAUAUCAUUUCUCAGAUUUUCUUAGCAAACAGAGGUACAUCAUUAACAUCAUCUACAAUCAACUAAAGAUUAUAUAUAUAGACUCGGUAAGGUUCAAUCAUGAUUCAUGAGCAAAUCUACACUCAAGAACGAUUCAACAUCCAGAAAUAUUCUAUAAUUCACCACAAAACAGCCACAAAGAUCGUCUGAUCCACAUCUAAAGCCGCCUCCGGAGACUUCUCCAAC